UCGUGUGUGAGAGAGAUGACGUCGUUCAGCAACCUUCCUGAGGAUUUGGUAGUGGAGAUACUCUCUAGAGUUCCAGCUGUAUCUUUGGCAAGGUUACGAUCAACAUCCAAAGAAUGGAACGCUCUGAUCAAAUAUGGGAGGGUACUUGCUAAGAAGCACUUCGCCAAUACUCCAAAGCGCUCUAUGGCUCUCGUGUUGAUUAAUCAUAGGGUUUAUUCAGUGGAACUCAUCAAUCUCCUAAGAAAUCAGAUUAACGUUACUCCAUCUGUUAAUGUAACAUGUCAUUUAAGCCUAAAAGAUCCUCUUUCUAAUAAUUCUUCGGAAGAAGUCGAUAUACGCAACGUCUUUCACUGUGAUGGCUUAUUACUAUGCAAAACCAAGGGCUAUAGACUGGUGGUUUGGAAUCCAUGUUCAGGUGAAACCAUGUGGAUUCAAUUACCAAGGUAUUCCUACAAGAAAAAUGACCGCUAUGCUCUCGGUAAAACCUCUUGCAACAAGUACAAAAUAUUGAGGCAGGACUGUCUUAUCGAUCCGCGCGAAGAACGUUACUUUACCAAAAUCUCGUGGGAGGAUAUUGUCAAUCCUAGCCAGAUACGUCACGAGUAUGAAAUCUAUGACUGUACCUCUAAUUCUUGGAGGGGUCUUGGUGUGACCACAGAAUUUUUGGAUCCAAAUAUUAACAGUGGCAUGUCUGUAAACGGAAUAACUUACUGGUUUGAUGGAUAUGAACAAUAUUCCUUAGUAAGUUUUGAUUUCUCAACAGAGAGAUUCAGAAAUGAGUCUCUCCCAGAGUGUGAUGGUCAUUUGGCUUUAUCAGUGACUGGACAAGGACAACAACUUUGUAUGUUAUCUACUGAUGAUACAUAUCCGACCGGAACAAACGUUGACUUAUGGAUAGCAACGAAGAGUGAGAACAACGGAGAAUUGUCAUGGAACAAGUUCCCAAUAUUAAUCCAGGGCGUUGGUCCACGCUAUCGUUGUCAUUUUAAUGAAGGGGUGAGUUUCUUCCCCUACCAGGUGAAGGAGAAGACUGUUGUAGUUUUUUGUCAUAGUCCCAACCGGUUCUCCAAGAAUAUCAUACACAUUGUGGAACAUGGUAAAUUAAUCGAUCAAUUGUAUCAUCAUGGUGCAAAACCUACACACGGAUUAUCUCAUAAUCCACGUCUUCUCAUCUAUGUUCCAAGUUUAGUUCAAAUCCAAGAUAGUAUCUAGUUCUUUAAGAUGGAGGAGGUAAACGGGAAGCACCAAGUCAGUUCAUGGCCUUGUGAUUGUCACACGUUAGUCUAUGCAUUAACUAUUCUCCAUGAUUGACAUAUUCUGCCUAGUUAUGAUGUCUUUUUCCAUCGACAGUUCAUCAAAAUUAGUUUUUGGAGGAAUCAGACGGAACAAGAGCUAACGACUUGAAACUGUCACAAUAAUUUAGUAUUAUGAUUUUCUUUUUUGAAUUGAAUGUAAAAUUAAUUCAAACAAAAAAAACUGUUUUUACAUCAAGUAUUAUGAUUUUCAAGAUGUA